CACGGCAAGUUCGAAAUGAGUAGAGAUAGAGUUAUCUCCCCUGGCAUUUUUAAAACUUCUACCAAUAUUCCUGUUAUUCCUUGGUUUGUCUCAAUAAAGCGUUUCUAUCGUUUGGUCGGCUUCACUUUGCGUAACGAAUCUUUUAAGAGUAUAAAAUUAAACAUAUAUCGCUGGCAAUUAACUGUGUGCAGAAAGAAACAAAGAAAGCCAGGAAUACCAUUCUUCUUGUUAAAGAGAGACCGCCUUGAAAGCACAAUGUCAGCAUUAAAUGGGAAAUGGUUGUUGGAUAGAAUUGAAAAUGGUCAGGAAUUCCUGCAGAAACUCCAAAUCCCAGAUGAGGACAAGCAGAAAGCCGAAGUGUUUCUGGAUCCAGUAAACGAAAUAAUUCAGGAAAUUGAAAUCAAUGGACAACAUCUGACAAUCAACAUCAGUGCCAAGAACGGUUGGUCUGAGGAGAACAAGGCAACAUUUGGGAAACCUGUGGAACAAUGCCAUUUUGGAAGGGAAUUUACGGCCUCGUACAAACUGGUAGGGGACACCAUUGAGGAGCACCAGAAAGGGAUGUUUGAGGCUAAUACAACUAGGAAGGUUGACGAAAACGGAGAGCUUGUAAUGACAAUUGUAGCUGGUGAUGCACAUUGCAAGAGAAUCUACAAACGCAUAUAAAGUUCAUUCUGUGACACCAGAGUGCACACGUCAGAGCAGAUGCAACAGCAACCACCACAACAACAACAACAGUAAUGACGACAAUACCAACAACAACAAAAACAAUAACACCACCAACAACUACAACACUGACACCUCUUCUAAGGCAGCAACAGCACCGACAGCAACACUCAGUAAGGAAACUUCUAUGCAGUUAACUGACCAGCUAGAAACAACAGCCAACUCCACCUCAAUUCACAGCCCACUGUCUAAGGGGACACAAGACAUGUUGGAUAAUGUAAUCCAAGAUGGACUUUGCCCAUAAAAAUGACAGUAUGCUCAUGGAUGGAUUGCCUUUGAUGAGUGAUUCACUCAAUCAGAGCUGGCUCGGGGUUAAACAACAACGAUAAUAAUAAUAAUAAUAAUAAUAAUGUGAAACCAAUGAUAGAAUUCCUCUAUUCAGUUACAUCUCUGCUAGAAAUAACAGCUAAAUCUCCUUUAAAUUACAUAUGAAUAUCUUAGAAAAAAAAAAAGAUCUAUGUAUUGGAUAAUGUAGUCUAGGAUGGGAUGGUCAUAGAUGGAACGUCUUUUCACCACCAUCAGCCACACAAAACAAGGAACCCUCUAUGCAGUUCUAUGAUCUGUUAGAAACAGCAGCUGAAUCUUUCUCAAAUCAAACCCUGCUGCCUUAGAAGUAGAGAUAGACUGGAUGAUGUAGUUCUAGAUAUACAAAAAAAACGACAUUUUGGGGCCAUUGCUGGCAUGUCUCAGAUCACGUGUCUGCUCAGCCAGGGUUGACCCAGGGCUAAACAGUUAAAACAAGGCAUAAAUAAAAAAAAUACAAUACCAA